AAAUAUAUACAAUACAUGAUCCGCCCGGUGCCCAUUCCCGGCGCCGGUUUCACGCUGCGAUUAUCUGUGAGUCGGCGGGUGAACCGGACAUGUUGUGCCGGGGCCCGGUCCGCGGCUGCCGGUCGGACCACGUUGUUUGACGGGCGCGGGGAAGAAAGAAUCUCCGUUCCAUUUCCGGUGAGCGCCAAGAUGGCGGCGCUGGCAGCGGCGGCGGGACGGCCGGUGCUCGGGCGGCUGGUGGCGGCGACGGCGGCGGCGGCAGUGACAGGUGGAUCAUGGGGUUGUGUUUGCCGGAGGUCUACAUACAGCGCUCUUCCCAAUGACUACAACUGUAAAGUUGAACUUGCAUUGACGUCAGAUGGACGGACGAUUGUUUGUUACCACCCCUCGGUGAACAUCCCAUACGAACACACCAAGCCCAUCCCACGACCGUCGCCAGUGGACAAUAAAGAGGAGACACACGACCAAGUACUAAAGGCCAGAUUAGACAAAGAAGUGCUGCGCGAUAAACAGGGGCCGACAAUUGAAGAACUCAGCAAAAUGUUCUACACAACAAAACACCGCUGGUAUCCAGUUGGACAGUAUCACAGACGAAGGAUUAAACCUAAUCCUCCCAAAGACAGAUGAAGCAAUUAAAACCAGCGGUCUGUUUCUGGUAUUGUGCUGUAUUCCACUCCAAGAGAAAGAACUUUGACAUUGCCGAUUUAUCAUUUGUUUCAUAUUAAUAUUUUCAUAUUUGCAUUGUUUGAGAAACAGACCUGUAUUUAAAAGUGGUCUUUUACAGCAUAAGUAAUGUAAUGAGCUUGUAAUAAUUAAUUAUCUAUGGUUCACUGGUGAGCUGCUUAUUACAAUAAAAUAUUAAAGUUGAA